CGGCGGGGGCGGGGCGCUUGGCUCGGUUUCCUGGCGACGCAGCCCUGCGGGCGGCUGCUUUCCCCGCCGUUCUCCUCCUCUCCUUCCUGACGCGUGUGCGCGGCCGGCAUGCCUGGGCUACUCUCAGCAGCUAAGCUGGUUCCCGCUGUAGCGAGCGCCCGCAGCCUCUCAGGAUGCAUAUCCUGUUCUCAGAGAAGGUACUCCCUCCAGCCCAUCCCAGACAGGAGGGUUCCAAAUCGAUACUUGGGCCAGCCCAGCCCCUUCACACACCCACACCUCCUCAGACCAGGGGAGGUGACUCCAGGACUAUCCCAGGUGGAAUAUGCGCUUCGCAGACACAAAUUAAUGUCUCUGAUCCACAAGGAAGCACAAGGGCAGAGUGGGACAGACCAGACAGUGGUUCUGCUGUCCAACCCUACAUACUAUAUGAGCAAUGAUAUCCCCUAUACUUUCCACCAAGACAACAAUUUCCUGUACCUGUGUGGAUUCCAAGAGCCCGAUAGCAUUCUGGUCCUUCAAAGCCUCCCUGGCAAGCAGUUACCAGCACACAAGGCCAUGCUUUUUGUGCCUCGGAGAGACCCCAGUCGAGAACUUUGGGAUGGCCCUCGAUCGGGCACUGAUGGAGCAAUAGCUUUAACUGGUGUGGAUGAAGCCUAUACGCUGGAAGAAUUUCAACAUCUCGUUUUGAAACUGAAAGCCGAGACAAAUACACUUUGGUAUGACUGGAUGAGGCCCGCUCACGCACAGCUUCACUCGGACUAUAUGCAGCAUCUGACUGAGGUCAAAACCAAGAGCAAGAACAAGGUUCGAGCUGUCCAUCAGCUGGUACAGCGCCUACGGCUGAUCAAAUCUCCUGCUGAAAUUGAACGAAUGCAGAUUGCUGGAAAGCUGACGUCACAGGCUUUCAUAGAGACCAUGUUUGCCAGCAAAGCGCCUGUGGAUGAGAGCUUUCUUUAUGCUAAGUUUGAAUUUGAAUGCCGAGCCCGGGGGGCAGACAUCUUAGCCUACCCACCUGUGGUUGCUGGAGGUAAUCGGUCAAACACUUUGCACUAUGUGAAGAAUAACCAACUCAUCAAGGAUGGGGAAAUGGUGCUGCUGGAUGGAGGUUGUGAAUCUUCUUGCUAUGUGAGUGACAUCACCCGUACCUGGCCUGUCAACGGCAGGUUUACGGCACCUCAAGCAGAACUCUAUGAAGCUGUUCUAGAGAUCCAGAGAGAUUGUCUGACCCUCUGCUCCCCCGGAACAAGCUUGGAAAACAUCUACAGCAUGAUGCUGACCCUGAUAGGGCAGAAGCUUAAAGAGUUGGGGUUCAUGAAGAACAUUAAGGAAAAUAGUGCCUUCAGGGCUGCUCGAAAAUACUGCCCUCACCACGUUGGCCAUUACCUGGGGAUGGAUGUCCAUGACACUCCAGACAUUCCCCGAUCCCUCCCUCUACAGCCCGGCAUGGUGAUCACAGUGGAGCCAGGCAUUUAUAUUCCAGAGGAUGACAGAGAUGCUCCAGAGAAGUUUCGUGGUCUUGGUGUACGGAUUGAGGAUGAUGUAGUGGUGACGCAGGACUCACCUCUCAUCCUUUCUGCAGAUUGUCCCAAAGAGAUCAGUGACAUCGAGCAGAUCUGCAGCAGGGCCUCUUGACCCUCAUUGCAGCCCACAUGCACCUCAGGUUCAAGGGUGUCGCUAGCAUCUGUGCACCUGAGCUUCCUGAGUGCUGUCUGUGUGGGUACGUUUAUGUGUGUGUUUCACUUGGGAGUGUGGGGCCUGUAUGAAUGAAUGUAUGUAAUUGUGUGUGUGGUCUUUUUUUUGUUUUAAGUAACUAGAAAUCUGGAAAAUUGAAUUUUUGGACUGUAUGUUACUGCAACUUUAGUUACAUUAAUUCUAUAGAAUUAAUGACCCAGGCAAGUUUAACUUUUAAACAAAAAGGUAGAUCUUGGUUACAUAUGUUCAUGCAUUCCAGUUAACACAUUUAAAUGUACAGAAAUUCUUUCCUCUCCAGGUCUUUUCCUUGCAGUGCUUUUGCUGAGAUCCAGUUAACAUCAUAAGAUAUUUGUAUGAUGCUUAUAUUACACUAAAAACCACUGAUCGUGUGAGGCCCAUGUAUGCCUUUCAUGGUGCCAACCUACUCCAGAGCCUGCACAUCUACCGGAGCCACAGGAGCCUCAUGGGCACUGGGGUCCCGCAGUCCCACCAGUCAGCCUCCCUCCAGACUCCAGCAACAGUGUAUCAAACAAAACAGUUCUGAGCCUUUCUUGCUACUUGGUUGCCUAGGGCCUGGAAAGUAUUUAGAUUCUUGAUAAGGAAGGACAUAGAAGAGAAAGAAAAAUAUCUAUGUGUCUGCUACAGAUCCAGACCUCCAUCCCUCUGUUCUCAAUCUAAAGAUGAUUCCUGUCCUAGACACCCAUGCUUCCUGUAUAGAUUCUUCGUGCACUACUCCUCAUAGCACAUCCUUGAAGCUGCUGCCCUAGCCAAGGGCAGGUCCUCUACUUACCCAGUUAAAGUGGGCACCCAGUUUUCAGAGAGCUACCCCUGUUACUGUUCUGUGAUUUCUUCCAGUGCUAACAAAAACAAAAUAUGCUUAUGCCACCAAGUGCCUAGAAACAGCCUAAGGUCCUUUUCUUUCUCUGAUGUUAGCACUGGAAGAAGCAUAUUUCUCUCAACCCAGCAUUAGACGCAAUUAUGCAAGAACUCAGUUGUACAAGUUUGCAAAGUGAACAGGGCUAGAUUAUUGCAUAUGGUUUAUUUGGGACCUUCUGUCAAAAAGGGAAGCUUUUAAGAACUAGUGUGUCCCCCUCUUAAACUUGUGUAUGAACCCAAGAUGUAUAAAACAUGCUGAUUGUUGAAGCAAAAAUUUGAGGGUUUUUAAGAAAAUAUUUGUAUUAGCAAAGCACGGGCUCGGGGAUUAACACUCCCUGCAGUGAUACAGGCUUGCCUGUCUUAUCAGGAAAUCCCAAGGUGCAGAGCUCAAAGCAGACAGGUAGUGGCUUCAUCAGGAGACAAAGGUAAUAUUAUAAACCCAAGUGAUAUAGAUCGUGUCCUGACAGCGUCAUCCACAAAUGCUUGCUUUGUUCACCGUAUCUCAGCCGCUGUGGGAAGGGAUGGCCGCACAGCUGGAGUCAUCAUCCCCUGCCUGCCCUCCUGCUCACUUCUCAGUCCUGUGCUACUUUCCAAACGAAGCGGACUUAAAAUGAACCCACAGCUUGGGCUUCUCACCCGGGGCCUCCGGGGCCCUCACGGCCCUUGGGUUGGGUUUCUUUUGUUCAUUCACAAUCCUGAAAGGUUUUUCCUUUUCUUCAUAGAAAUCAUUUUCUAUGGUCUUCUCUGUUUUAGCUAAACACUUAGGCAGCUUUUAUGCACAGCAGCAUGCUUGGACAUGAACCAGACUCCUUCCGGUUAGAUUCCAGUGAAACUGUGCAGGUGUUAUGAGUAGUUAGAAUGGCUGUUGUGGAGUCCCUGAUCCAAGAAUAUCGUCCUUUGAGUCCCAGAUUAACCACCACAGCUAACCAUUUGAUUCAGACUACCGGAACCAUCACGAGAUGACAGU